CAAAAGCAAGUCAGCGGAUUUCAAGCUUUUAAGUGUUACCAAUCUCAACUUACAUAAGUUGUCCACUGUUUGGCAAUAUUCACGCGUUAAAUAACUCCGUCGUAGUAAAAAUUUGCUCAAAAUGUUGUUAAAUUUCGUCAAAUCCUUCCCUGUUCUGUCGAAAUCGUCCGCUUUGGCUGGAAACUGUGUCCGAACACUGUCCGCCACGAAGCGUUGUUUCUCCACAACGAAUACCAACGCGCGUCAAGAGCUCCAGCUCACCUAUCUAACCGAGGACGAUAAACAGGGCAUUGCCGUGCUGGGAUUGAAUCGCGCGAAAGCUCGAAACUCUUUCAGCCGUUCGCUGGUGGAUCACAUCUUGGAGUCAAUCGAAGUUCUAGCCCACGAUAAGAAUGUCCGCGUUGUCAUUUUGCGCAGUUUGGUUCCGGGAAUUUUCUGUGCUGGGGCCGACCUGAAAGAGCGAGCCACCAUGACCCAACAGGAUGUUGGACGGUUCGUGACUAAGCUACGCCUAAUGAUGUCCAAUAUCGAACAGUUGCCUGCUCCGGUUAUUGCGGCUAUUGAUGGACCAGCUCUGGGAGGUGGUUUAGAGAUGGCCCUGGCAUGCGAUAUGCGCGUUGUGACCAGCAAUGUGAAGUUGGGUCUGGUUGAAACUAAGCUGGGAAUUAUCCCCGGAGCCGGUGGAACUCAACGUCUUCCAAGAAUCCUGAACCCUGCGAUCGCCAAGGAGCUGAUCUUCACCGCUCGACAGAUCUCCGGAGAGGAAGCCAAAUCUUUGGGUAUUGCUAACUACGCUGUCAAGCCUAACGAAGAUGGGGAUGCUGCUUUCCAGAAAGCAUUGGAGCUGGCUAUGGAGAUCGUUCCGAACGGACCGGUUGGAGUCAGAAUGGCCAAAAAAGCGAUCGAUAAGGGACUUCAGGUUGAUUUAGCCACCGGAUGUGCCAUUGAGGAAGCUUGUUACGCACAGAUCAUUCCUACCAAGGAUCGAUUGGAAGGGUUGAAGGCGUUUGCGGAAAAACGCAAGCCUAAAUUUGUUGGAGAAUAAGAUGAUUUCGUUUUGUUAUUUUACUCAGGUUUGUUGUAACGGCUAUGUGAUAAGAAUGUGCAUUUAUUUUUCCUAUUAAACGCAAAAUGGCUUAAAGCUAG